UGCGUACACACUACGAUGGCCAUGCUUUGGAUCGCCAGCUGUUUCGCCCUCGUGGUGUCUGCCCUGGGCUGUGGGGUUCCCUCCAUCAAGCCCCAGGUGAGCGGCUACAACAAGAUCGUCAACGGAGAGAACGCCGUGUCCGGCUCCUGGCCCUGGCAGGUGUCUCUUCAGCAAUCUAAUGGAUUCCACUUCUGUGGAGGUUCUCUGAUCAACCAGUACUGGGUCCUCACUGCUGCCCAUUGCCGUGUCAGUGCCUCUCACCGCGUGGUCCUUGGGGAGCACGACCGCGGCUCCUCUGCUGAGCCCAUCCAGGUCAAGAGCAUCGCCAAGGUCAUCUCCCACCCCUACUACAAUUCCAACAACUUCAACAAUGACAUCACGCUGCUGAAGCUGUCCAGCCCCGCCCAGCUGACGUCCCGCGUCUCGCCCGUCUGCAUGGCCUCCUCCAGCGCCAGCUUCCCCGCCGGCAUGCGCUGCGUCACCACCGGCUGGGGCAAGACCGGCUCCACCUCGAGCCCCCGUAUCCUGCAGCAGACCGCCCUGCCUCUGCUCAGCACUGCUCAGUGUAGACAGCACUGGGGCAGCAACAGGAUCACCGACGCCAUGAUCUGCGCCGGAGCCUCUGGAGUCUCCUCCUGCCAGGGUGACUCUGGCGGACCUCUGGUGUGUGAGAGCGGAGGCGUGUGGUCCCAGGUUGGCAUCGUGUCCUGGGGCACCAGCAACUGCAAUGUGCGCAGCCCUGCCGUCUACGCCCGCGUGUCUUACCUGCGCAGCUGGAUCGACCAGACCGUCGCCCGCAACUAGAGCUGAAGCCUCUGGAGCUGAGAGAAGAUGUACUAUAGACUGUAACAAUAGUCAUUAAA